UGGAUAGGUGAGGUCGCUACGAGACGACCAUCGAGCGAAUUAAAAUGAUCAAACAAACAAAAAGUACGCCAAGUGUCAAACGACUUUGAAAAGAUGAUUUAUUAUUUGGAUUACAUUCUUCAGACGUGUUAUUAGUGGAAAAUCCGAAUGUCUUCGAACCCUCGGAAGUCCCCUCAUUAUGAGGAUUUGAUCUCGACCGAAGAUGAUACUCUGGGUACGUCCAUUAGCCUUAGCGUAGGUGAAAAUUCAAUUAGAAUAAAAGAAAAACCUAAGGUGGUUGUUAAGAGAUCAGAGCCAGAAGAUAAGCACGAAGAGGAGAAAUGGUGGCUGAAGAAGCCAGAUACUUGGCUGGAUAUUUCUCAUGCUGUUCCGAUAGACGUGAAAACAAAGCGAUCUCCAUCCCCUUCCCCAGAUGUUAGUUCCUCGAUGAAAGAAUUUCUUGAAAAGGAGAAGAUGUGCAAAGCUAUGCAUAAGAGCGAAGUUGAGACGAAAGACAGGGAUGAUACUUUGUGCGACAUUCUGGCUUCUGCUGCAUUCGAUAAAUAUCCCUCUGAUUUUGAAAAUGCGACCGAUGAGGAUAUAGGUAGUAUUUUAGAAGAAAUGAGCAAGAUAGCUGGGGCCCUUAGUCCUAAUUCAGCUACGGAUCGUUCAAAGUCUCGGAACUCUGCCAAAAAUCCUACAGAGGAGGAGAAAUCAGUGGAAGAACUGUUAGAGGAGGCUGAGAAACUCGUAAGAAAAAAUAGUAAUAGUCUAUCUAAAAGCGGAUCAAAAUCUGACACUUUAGUACCUGAGAAUAUUCCGGAAGAUAUAGAAAGCUUUAGCAGGGUUAGACAAUUAGAAGCUGAUAUAUUUCAACUAAUAGAGGAGGAGGUGCACAAAGAGACUGAGAAAAUCAAAAAGAGUCCAAAGAAUGAAAAGAAGAGAGACGGUAGUCCUGGAUUUGAAGUUAUAUACGAAAAUUUGAAUGGUCUGAAAGCCCCGAAAUCUUUAGAACUUCAGAGAAGAAAAUUUGAAGAGCAGAAAGUAGAGGUGUCGAGCAGUUCUGAUUUAGACGAUCCUAUUGAAAGACAUUCCAAGUCGGAAGAAUUAAAAAGUACAAGAAAGCUGGAGUCGGAUAAGGAUAACUUGCAGAAAGAAAUAACGGAUGUAGAUAAGGAUUUUUUUGAAGACUUGCUGAGAAAGUCCAAGGAGAAAGCGGAGGGUGGUAUGUCAGGUAGUUCAAGUUUUGGACAGGAAGAUUUUUCCCAUUUUUUGAAACUCUUGCAAGGGCAGUCUAAUAAAAAGGAACAAGAAUCAAAGCAGUUCAAUUCAAAGCCUGCAGACGGAAAAUUAUGCAUUUUGGAUGGGGGAACCACGAAUGACAAAAGUCCUGAAUUUCCCGAGAAGGAAAUCUCCGACAUAUUGGAGAAGGAACUACCUCGGGCAAAUGAAAUUAUCGGAACGGAGACGAGCGGCCACAGUGGUGAACAAAAACAAUCUCAGAACGUUAAUAAUGGCGGUAAGAAUGAGCGUGAGGAAGUAUCUGAGAGAACGGAUCAAGUAUCUCCUAGAAACGUAGCUGUGACAAAGGAUAACAAAAAGGUGCUCAGUCCUAAGGAAGAACUGUAUACCGUUGAUCUGACACCGAGAUUAGAAUUAUUCGCGGAUGCAAUACCAAAGUUAUUAGCUGAAAAGUCGACGGAAGAUACAACGCAGCAAAGCAAAGAACCCACAGACGAAUCAAAAGCAGCCGUACAUAAAACGAUCUCAAGUUCCGAGAUUAAAUUUAACGUUAAUGUUCCAACAUGUGAACGUAGCAGUGUAGAACGCAAAGCCGUUCAUUCGUUUAGCGCGUCGACUAAUAAAACGCAAAAGAAAGAAUUAAAGUUUUCCAAGUCUAAGAGUUACGACCAGAUUUGUAAGCCAUUGUCGGUUAGAAGUUCCGUAGAAAAUCUAAGAGUAAGCAAACCUUCGGAUGCAGCGAAGAAACCUGGCAACAGUUUGAUCAGACGAUCGCCAACGUUGAAGCCAACGUUGAAGCCAACGUUGAAGCCAAAAUUGCAGCCAAAAUUGCAGCCUACGGUUAAACCAAUCACGAAAAUUCCGCCCAAGACCAAGGGCAUAACUUUAAAGCCAAAGAAAAAUUCCGUUAAGACUGGUUCCAAUCUCGCAUUGUCUUCCACGUACAAAUCGUACCAAGCUACUAAAUCACCGGACAGUCAGGCAAAGACGAUGGCCGGCGGUGAUACGAAACAACAUGCAACGAAAACAAACUGGGAAUUAUUAUGUCGCGAAGAGAGGCAUAAGAACGGCCUUUUGAAACAACAGCUGGAGUCAGAAGUGAAAAUGCACAAGAAUCAAAUGGACAGUAUGCGUAUAUCGUUCGAGGAAGAACUGUUCGCGUUAAAGAAGCAAAACAUGGUUCUAAAGGCGAAGGUAGACGAGCUUUCGUUAAACGAGAAACGCACAGAAUCACAGCCAAAGAAAGAUACGAAGAUCAUGCUUCUAGAGAAGGAACUAGAGAGGCAAGAGGAUUUAAUCCGGGCUUAUGAAACGGAAAACAAAAAGUUGAUGCAAGGUACGAAGGGAAUGCAAGAAGAAAUGAAGCAGCUGCAGAAGCAAAAGAGUACAGCAUUAGAGUCUGGUAAGGUACAGGAACUUGCGGAUAGAGUUAAGGAUCUCGAGGAAGAGACACUGAAACUGAAUCUCGAAGUCUCCGAGCUGCGAGACAAGAACGCAGACUACGCCUUGAAGAACGAAGAUCUGAUUCAACAAAAUAGUCUUUUGAACGACGAAUUGGAGAUGUUUAAGGAACAGUUGAGAACGAAGAACGACUUUAUCACGGACCGAUUACAAGCAAUGACCACGGCAGAGCUGCAACUGAAGAAGCAAGUGGAGGACUUGACGGUGAAACUAAGCUCUAAAGCGGAACAAUUACGAAUAGUGAAGCAAGAGUUUGAUAAGAUGCAACAAAACGUUUUGCCGUUGGAGAAAGAAUUGUUAGAAUUAAGAGUGAAGGAAGGUAAUUUGUUGGAGAAACUGCAAAUAUCUAAGGGUCAUGUGGAACGUGAGAAACAGUUAACACAGAAAUUGAAGGACCAAGUGAUUCUCGAUAGCAAGAAGAUCACGGACUUGAACAGACAAGUUCGUGAAAUGGAGAGGAUACUUAAGAGGAAGAAUCCUGAUUCGGUAUCUGCUCUAAUAUUGACCGCGAAUUCUGAACAGGAAAAGGUCGGUGCCGAGAAGGUCAAGCUGUUAGAAGAUAGGAUCGCGUGCCUGGAAAAUGAAAUUAAAGCGAAAGAUGAUUUAGCUCAAGAGAAAAUGGUGGAAUUCCAGAGGAAGUUCUCGGAUAUGAGGGAGAAGUAUACUAGUCAAGUAAUGGAAUUGGACGGCAAGCUGUUGGAGGCUAACACGAAGAAUCGUAAGAUAUGCAAUGAUAUGUUUACGCAGACUGCAUCGAAACCUGUAGAGAACAAGAGUGUGGAGACUGUUAAGAAGGAGGAGAGGGCAGGCUCAUUCGAGAAGGAAGAUGUGGGGAAGAAGGACAUUGCAAAAUCUUCUGUGAAAGGCAGUUUGAAAUGUCAGAAUUCUAAAGAGGACGCUUAUCUGAUGGCCACGAUACGUGGAUUGAAACUGGAACUCGCGAACAAAGAUAAAACGAUUUCGAAGCUGACGAAAGAAUCGCAAGAUUUACAAAAGACGAACGCAAGACUGCAGAAGGAGAGAGAGAAAUUGUUGAACGAUAGAAGAUCCGUGAAGGCUAUGAACUUUGAGAGGAAUCGCGGCAUGGUAUCGUCGGAUUCGAAGCUGCUGACUUUGAGGUCUAUCGAAGGGAACGAUCAGAAUUCGAACGUCUACCAAAAUGGCCACGUGUCUGACACAAACGCUCAACGAUUGUCCGCUUCCGUACAAAAGCUUUACGAUCCCAUGCAGUACACCGAGAACGGAGAUAGCAAUCUGGUGAAGAGAUUGGCCGACGAGAAUGAUAUUCUGAAAGAGGAACUAAGCAAGAUGAAUAAGGAUUUCAUGGCUUUAAAGAACAAACGGCUUCACGAUCUGAACCUCUUGCAAGAGGAACAUGAACGCGAGAUGGCCGCUUUGUUGAAGGAGUAUAGCGUGAAAUUCGGAGAUUCUAAAGUGGUAAAGUUACAGGGCCAGAUAAAUACUCAAGUGGCUGUGAUAUCUCACUUGAAGCAGCAAAUUGAGAAGCUUAGAGACUACAAGGAACAGGUGAUUGUUCUGAAGGCUGAACGGCAGCAUUUGGAGAGUAAAGUGAAAACGUUGAAUGAAAAAGUGAAGUACUUAUCAACACCGAGUACCGAACAGCUACAGCUGUUGCAGGACAAGAUAACGAUUCUCCAACAACGACACGAAAGCCGCGAGAUGACGUUGCAGAGUUUAGUGCGCGAUUUGCUAAGAAAUAGAACCCAGUGCAAAGACUGUAAAAACGAGAAGGGUAAAAAUCGACAAUUGUGCUAUUUCCGACAAGAGCUCGAUCAUAUUCUUGGAAUGCUUCAAGAGAUCGCCAAUGUUCAUUGAUUCUAGAUGAACUAGAUUAGACAUGGGUGUAAAGUGGUGCUCAUGAAAUAUCGAGAAAUCGACGGAUUGCAAUUUCUCGGAUUCGAUAUCGGGCAUUGUGAUAAUUCGUAUCUUCGUAUCCGUACUGAAACGAAUCGUAGGUAUUUGUUAAGAGAAGCUAUCACGUUGUUAGGCACUUUAUACAUGUGUGAGCGAAAGUACAGCCAAAAAGGUUUGGUCGGUGCUUUUCUUUUUAUCGACCUUGCCAGUAACGCGACACGAUCAGUCUGUUCGUGAUCGCGUCUGCAGUAUAUUUAGUUAUUCUUGCGUCACAAGAUACGGAUAUUUAGUGAGAUCAUAUCGAUCCUGGGAAAGCUCGCGCGUAAUGAUCGACUGCGAUCACUGCCAAAGUUAGAAGAAGAAGAAGAAGAAGGAAGGAAGGAAGAAAGAGAGACGGACAAAUAACAAAGUUACAGUUUUAUCGUAACUUCUCGUCGACGGUUCCUUCUUGCCAUUGUGCGUGCAUUACGCAUGGACAACGUCCACGGUCGGCGUAAUAAAUAAAACUAAUAGUGAAAUAUCAAAUGAGAACAUAGAGAUAUUUUGAUCUAUAUUUACUAAAAGCAGACUUUUUAUUUAUCUAAUAACGUAGGUUUAACGAUUGUUGAUGAAAGAAAAGAACCUGACUGCUUCCAAUUCGGAACUAGCUCUAGCCGUCUACUUGUCCGUCGUUCUGGCAUUCGAAUAGAUAGACCAUAUAAACGUAGGGGAAACGUUUUGGGAAAACAAGAGAUCUCUUCCAAAGUCGCGUAGAAGUUAAUUUUUUACACGAGGCUUUUUCAGGAUAUGCUAAGCGUCGUAUUGAAUCGUUCGAACAAUUGUAUUUAUUUCCUAUUUAUAUUCACAAUCGUUCUUCGCCAUCAACGAACCCAUCUAUAAUCACCAAGAGUCGUCCACUUGUAUAGUACGUACAUUUAUAUACACUUUAGAGAUAUUCAUUAAACGUUUUAGCAAUCACAGUUGACACUUUAUGCUCUCGCGACUAACUAAGCACACGCAUAUCGCACAAAUUCGACGUGUCCUAGACGUAACGAUGUUAAACGACUUUGUUACAGGAUGAUCGUAGAAUACAAUUGUUUGCUUUCGUCUGUUUUGUACCUGUUUUUAUCAAAUUGUUAUAAUUACACUGAGUACUACGGUUACUUCUUCAAGACUGGAUAUUAUGUGAAAAUCACUGAAUUUUUUUAUAAUUACUUCUAAGCUGUAAUGUACAAACCAUGAGAUUAUGACUUUAAUAAAUCACUUCUCUUCUCAUUGA